UCGCCGAGCAGUUAGGAAAAUUCAAAAGAAAGAAAGGGAAAAGACGAACUGUGACAGCACUGUUGCGAUCGAUCGCCAAUGGCGGGAGGAGAAGGCAAGGUUGUAUGCGUGACUGGUGCGUCAGGCUUCAUAGCCUCAUGCCUCAUCGAAACUCUCCUUCGCAGAGGCUACACUGUCAAGGCUACCGUCAGGAACGUCGCCGAUCCAAACAAGGUGAACCAUCUCAAGGCGAUGGAAGGGGCUAAGGAACGGUUGAGAUUGUUUCAGGCGGAUUUGAUGGUGGACGCCUCCUUUGACGCUGCUGUGGACGGCUGCGAUGGCGUCUUCCACACCGCAUCGCCCGUCGUUUUCGACAAUAUAAAGGAUCCGCAGACGGAGCUCAUAGAGCCUGCAGUUAAUGGAACUCCUAACGUCCUUAGAUCCUGCCUCCGAUCCUCCUCGGUGAAACGAGUGGUCUUAACAUCUUCGCUCGCUGCUGUUGUUGUCAAUAGGAAAGGUUUGGACGGAAACGCCAUAGCUGAUGAAACUUGGCAAUCUGAGCCAGGAUUUUGCGAGGAAACUCAGGCAUGGUAUUGUUUGUCAAAGACACUGGCGGAAGAAGCCGCGUGGAACUUCGCAAAGAGCCAUGGAAUCGACUUAGUAGUGAUAAAUCCUGGCCUGGUUAUCGGUCGUUGCCUGCAGCCAAUUCUUAACGUCACAUUCGAGGAAUUUCUACAUAUUAUCACGCAAGGGACGAGCCCGAUCGCAGCUAUAGGAGUAGUUAUACUAGUGGAUGUAAAAGAUGUUGUCCAAGCACAUAUCCUCGCAUUCGAGAAUCCUUCGGCUAAUGGAAGAUACUGCUUAGCUUCAGCAUCGUUGUACAUAUCUGAAGUUCGUGAGAUUAUUCAGCAGCUCUACCCUACCUUCACCCUUCCCCCAUGCGUUGAGAACGAUCGGCUAAAUGGAAACGCACUGCAGAUAUCGAAAGAGAAGGUGAAAUCCUUGGGCGUUGAUUUCGUUCCUAUCGAACAGAGUAUUAAGGAGACUAUCGAAUUUCUCAAGGAAAGGAACAUGCUAGUAAUUCCAUGAAGGUACGUAAUUAUAACUAUAGAUCUACACAUCAUCCAUUAAGCAAGCUCUUAGAUCGAUGCGCAGUUCAACUAGAAGAAGAAAUAAACGAUUGAGAAUGGAGAGUAGUUGGCGUACCUCGAAAUUGAAGUAGUUUGAUAAUUUGCUUCUGUAUCGAUCCAUCUCCAGUUUCUCCUGUUGUCAGAUGUUAUCAUUUUCAUGAUCGUAUUAUUCAACUGUUGCCAUUGAUGUCGUCAGUUGGAUGUUCGCAGAGAUGAUUCUCACCACUUCUGCUGCUUCGAUUUGCUA